AUGAACAGGAGAAAAGAUACUGAGUUUCAGGCUUUUGUGCAGAACUUUCUAAACAGUCAUCCCUUUAAGAUGGUUAUGAUCACCAUGAUCUCAUUGAAUGGCUUUCUUGUGGUUUUUUGGACCGUUUAUGAAGUAAGAUACAGGUUGUUCCUAUUUUUUGAGACAGCGGAGGUCUUCUGUAUAACCGUGUACAGCUUUGAGUUCUACUUGAAGGUCUACGUGAACCCGAUUAAGUACUGGAAGGAUGGUUAUAAUCUUCUGGAUGUCCUUGUCAUCAUCAUCCUCUCAAUCCCCUAUGCUCUCCGGAAGUUGAAGGGCAACCACUACAUCUAUCUCAACAUUGCUGAUGGCUUGCAAUCUCUGCGAAUUCUUAAGCUCAUCCCUUACAGCCGGGGCAUUCGGACGCUCAUCAUCGCCCUCGGGGAGACAGCCUACACCGUGGCCUCAGUGCUCAUCCUCUUCUUCCUCUUGAUGUACAUCUUCGCUAUUUUGGGCUUCUGCCUGUUUGGAGCUUCGGGAACGGGUGACUUGGAUAACUGGGGGAACCUGGCUGUGUCCUUCUUUACCCUCUUCAGCUUGGCCACGGUGGAUGGCUGGACAGCUCUGCAGGAGAGGUUAGAUAAAAGGAAUUUUAUGCUGAGCAGGACAUUCACCAUUGCCUUCAUCCUGCUCGCCUCCUUCAUCUUCCUCAGCAUGUUUGUGGGCGUGAUGAUCAUCCACACUGAGGACUGCAUCAAAAAGUUCAAGCGGGACCUAAGAGUGGAGAGGCACAAUACACUCAUGGAAGAGAAGCAGGUGAUUCUGAAGCGGCAGCAAGAAGAUGUCAGCCAACUGAUGCGCACCCAGCAAAACGUUGCCUAUGAAAACUUUGGUGAGCUGGUGGAGAAUUUCAAGAAGACCCUGCGGCACACUGACCCCAUGGUCUUGGAUGACUUUGGCACUAGCCUACCCUUCAUCGACAUCUACUUAUCCACUCUUGACAGCCAGGAUACUACUAUCUACAAGCUUCAGGAGCUGUAUUAUGAGAUUGUGAAUGUGCUGAACCUGAUGCUUGAAGUAGACUUACCCAAGAAACAGCUGUCCCAGCCUUUGGAAAUAGGUGGGUCUUAG